GCCGCUAGUGUGUAUCCACGGAGCAAGACAGAGAGAGAGAGACAGCCUGAUAACCCGGACCUACCCCACCACCCCCAUCCACCAUCAUCAACUCAGCCCUGCUCCGGAGGAGGGUAAGAAAGAAUAAGCCUCUCCUGAACAUAACACAGAAACAGAUCAAGGAGGAACAGCAUUGAGCAGAAUUGACCUGAGCUCAACACAGUGGAAUCAUGACCCUAGCAGCGUACAGAGAGAAGGUGAAAGAGCUCCCCCUGGUGUCUCUGUUCUGCUCCUGCAUCAACCCUCAGACCAUCGACUGUAAGCCCACAUACCAGGCAGAAGAUGCGGUGGCCCUGGGCUGGUGUGUCAUAAAGGACGUGGAGGUGAUAGAGUUGAACAAGCGUUCUUCGGGCCAGGCCUUCGAGGUCAUCCUGAAGCCUCCGUCAUUUGAUGGCGUCCCAGAGCUCAACGCUACCAUGCCCAAACGCAGAGAACUCUCCAUGGAGGAGAUCCAGAAGAAAUUAGAGGCUGCAGAGGAGAGGAGGAAGUGCCAGGAGGCUGAGCUGCUGAAGCACCUGGCAGAGAAGAGAGAGCAUGAGAGAGAGGUGAUUCAGAAGGCCUUAGAGGAGAACAACAACUUCAUCAAGAAUUCCAAGGAGAAGCUGGAGCAGAAGAUGGAGGCCAACAAGGAGAACAGAGGGGCUCUACUGGCGGCCAUGUUGGAACGACUGCAGGAGAAGGACAAACAUGCAGAAGAGGUGAGGAAAAAGGUACUAGCUUUGGCAGACGCGAUGGACCUGGACUUGUGUGUGAUAAAGGACGUGGAGGUGAUAGAGUUGAACAAGCGUUCUUCGGGCCAGGCCUUCGAGGUCAUCCUGAAGCCUCCGUCAUUUGAUGGCGUCCCAGAGCUCAACGCUACCAUGCCCCAACGCAGGGAACUCUCCAUGGAGGAGAUCCAGAAGAAAUUAGAGGCUGCAGAAGAGAGGAGGAAGUGCCAGGAGGCUGAGCUGCUGAAGCACCUGGCAGAGAAGAGAGAGCAUGAGAGAGAGGUGAUUCAGAAGGCCUUCGAGGAGAACAACAACUUCAUCAAGAACUCCAAGGAGAAGCUGGAGCAGAAGAUGGAGGCCAACAAGGAGAACAGAGGGGCUCUACUGGCGGCCAUGUUGGAACGACUGCAGGAGAAGAAUAAACACAGAGAAGAGGUGAGGAAGAACAAAGCCCUGAAGGAGGAAGACGAGUGGAGCGAGGGAGUGGUUUUGUGAGUCAAUUAAAAAAAAGAAAUAAAAAGAGAUCAAGACAAUAAGGGAAAAAGCGAGAAGUGAAAACAAGGCCAUCUGAACUAUGAACACAGGAGUUCAUGUACACGGUAACGAAUCGGAACAAGCAGACACAAUUAAACAGGGAUUUUCCACAACACACAACAUUGUGAUUAAAUAAAAAGAGAUAAGGACAUGUGUCUGACUGGCAAUGUAAGGUGAGGGGAUGGAGAGAGGGGAUCUGGGUGUGAAGGGAUGUUUUAAUUAUGUUAAUUAUGUGGGAACAGAGAGAGUGAAGCUGGUGUUUGUGGUGGAACACAGUGGAGUGGUAGCUUCUCAAUAUGGUGCCAAAACAUACAAUACCACACCCUCAGAGCCCACUAUCCCAGAGCUGACUAACACACCCUCAGAGCCCACUAUCCCACUAGCUGACUGAACACACCCUCAGAGCCCACUAUCCCAGAGAUGACUGAACACACCCUCAGAGCCCACUAUCCCAGAGAUGACUGAACACACCCUCAGAGCCCACUAUCCCACUAGCUGACUGAACACACCCUCAGAGCCCACUAUCCCACUAGCUGACUGAACACACCCUCAGAGCCCACUAUCCCACUAGCUGACUGAACACACCCUCAGAGCCCACUAUCCCACUAGCUGACUGAACACACCCUCAGAGCCCACUAUCCCACUAGCUGACUGAACACACCCUCAGAGCCCACUAUCCCAGAGAUGACUGAACACACCCUCAGAGCCCACUAUCCCAGAGAUGACUGAACACACCCUCAGAGCCCACUAUCCCACUAGCUGACUGAUCACACCCUCAGAGCCCACUAUCCCACUAGCUGACUGAACACACCCUCAGAGCCCACUAUCCCACUAGCUGACUCAACAACAUCCACACUCUGUAUCUCACUUGCAGCGCUUACACAUCAAAAUGAUUUCUACUGUGAUACGUUUUUCCCUAUAGCUUUAUCGGGAUGCUGUAACCAGCUCAUGCACGUCAUUCAGCCAUGCACUAUUUUCAAUUUACCGGGGGACACUAUCAAUGAUAAAUAAUUUGUGUUAGUCAGAUAUGUCAGAUUGGAUUGUGUCAUUGGAAAAGGCAAAAUAUGUCUCGAGUACUCUCAAGUAAUUUUAGCUAAUGUAUUAAAAAUGAAAUACAGAAAUAUCUCAUUUACAUAAGUAUUCACACAGUCAAUAAAUGUUUGAAUCACCUUUGGCAUCAA